AUGUGUCUGAAACUUCUUCAUCUAGUUCAGACAAAUAGUGGAAUGCAAUUUUACAAAAUCGCGAUCGUAAAAAGCGAAAACUUAGGCCACGUUGCCGGAUUAGCUAGAAGAUUAGACCGUUUAGAACAAAUAAAACAACAAUUAAAAAAUGAAAAAGGCAAAUUUUAUCCCUUCAAAUGUGAUAUAUCUGACGAAGACCAAGUCAUUGCUACCUUUAAGAAAAUUACAGACAUCUUAGGACCCAUUCAUGUCCUAAUCAAUAAUGCCGGCGUGGUACCCAGUACAGAUCUCAUCGAUGGUGAUAUUAAGAAGUGGAGACAAAUACUUGACACAAAUGUUUUGGGACUAUCAAUAGCCACAAGGGAAGCAAUAAUCAGCAUGAAAGCCAACAACAUCAAAGGACACAUCGUUCAGAUAAACAGCGUUGCAGGACACGUGCCUAUGGAUUUUGCAGGACUAUCCCUCUAUCCUGCAUCGAAACACGCAGUUACUGCCCUAACCGAAACUUUGAGAAAAGAGGUUAACAGGAACGGGCUUCCUAUAAAAAUAACAAGUAUCAGUCCGGGAUAUGUCAAAACGGAGAUAAUAAGCAGGUUUUCUUCCGACGAACCUACGACGUACUUCGAAACCAGAGGAGGACUAGAGGUCGAAGACGUAGCUGGUACCAUUGUUUACGUUCUAUCAACUCCAGAGCAUGUUAAUAUCAAAGAAUUGACUAUGAUGGUCCAGGGAUGUGAUUUCUAAAAUAUGUGGGCAAGAUUUUCAUCAUUUUUCAUUUUGUAUAACUAUUUUAAUAAAAAAUACUUAUUUUUUGUAUGUUGUAAAUAAAAUAAUUCAUCUGUCA